CUUGUGUUUGUACCUCAAUCAUUACUACUGGAGGGUUACUUUUUUAGAGUUUUUCCAAGCAAAAUAAGUAUGAAGAAAAAAUUGAAGUCGUUGUACUGCCGGAACAGGCCUUCGGCCAGUCUGAAAACAGCAAUAUUUUCAUUUGCACCUUCCGCUGCUUGCUUUGGUCUGGCUGCGGCUAUUGGUGUUGUCUACUUCACCGAAUGGAGGGUUGUUACCAAUUGGAUCCCCCUAUAUAAUAUGAAAUAUCCCAAGCCGGAAAAGAAGUGAUUCUCUCACUAAUUUUAAAUCUUUACGCAUGAAGAAAAUGUAUACACGGACCCUUGAAAAUCAUGCCUUACGUUGAAAUUAAACCAAAUAAAUGCUUUUAACAACAUUGAAUGGAAAA